GGAAACUCAGUGACACCGUGAAAUUGCAUUAAACAUGCCAUUCUCCGCUAGCAGCCCUUUCCCGCACCCUGACUUCUCUCCUCUUCUCUUCUCCGCCACUCGCUGGAUGUUUUCAGAUGCUUCCACCGCAGGAGUUCAAUGCCCGUGAACUAACUAACUUUGCUAACUGAAAAAGGAAAGUAAAAGAUUGAAGGGAUCCCGCCAACAGCAUCUCUGAGUUUUAUUUUCUUUUUUUUUCUUUGGAAAGCUGCCCCCCCCAACCCCUUGUAGAGAACUCAUACGGGCUACCUUGAUGCGCAUAUUAGUUUGGAGUAAAAAAAAAAAACAAGUACAACUGUGAUUGAACAAGGAUCGCCGUUGUACACAGAUUAACCAACUAAAGCGCACUUUAUCGGGAUAAACUUUUUUUUCAAACAUGCACAUUUUUGGAAUAUCUGUUGUCCUUGCUUAUUCUGCUUUACUCAUCGCGAGUGAAUUCAUCCACGAACUCGGUCAAGAUUAUGACGAUCAUGAGCAAGACCAUGGAUUUCCGACAGAGUCUGAGCCAGACGUGGAGCUGCAGCUGAGGUCGGCAGGCAGCGUGGACGAGCUGCUGCGCCUGAUCUACCCCGGCUACUGGACGGCCCUCAAGUGCCGCUCCAAACGCGGCUCGCGCUUCCACGCCCCCAGCCACGCCCACUCGUCCGAGACGCGCACCGACGAACCAAUCACCUUCGCCGCUGCCUACCUCAACAUGGACGUGCUAAAGAGUAUAGAGACUGAGUGGAGACAGAUCCUGUGCAUGCCCAGAGAGGCUUGUUUAGAUGUGGCCAGGGAGUUUGGCGCGCCCACAAACACCUUCUAUAAACCCCCCUGCGUGUCUGUCUACAGAUGUGGAGGGUGCUGCAACAGCGAAGACCGCCAGUGCAUGAACAUCUCCACCUCCUACAUCAGCAAGACGCUCUUUGAAAUCACAGUUCCUAUGACCCAGAACAUAAAGCCUGUCACCAUCAGUGUAGCCAACCAUACUCAGUGUCGGUGCCUCUCCAAGCUUGACGUUUACAGACAGGUCCACUCCAUCAUAAGAAGAGCCCUGCCAGAGUGCCCGACAGCCAAUAGGACGUGUCCUCAUAGUCUGAGCUGGAGCGAGCGUUUCUGUAGAUGUGUACCCCAGCUGGAUACACAUCCUCCUUCAUCAUCAUCAUCCUCAUCCUCGCAACGACACCCUGCUUCAUUCGAUGAGGACCUGUGCGGUCCAGACAGAGAACUGGACGAGGAGACCUGUCAGUGCGUCUGUCGCCGGCCCCCGGGGGGCGUGGCCUGUGGCCUGCAGCGCCACCUGGACAGGAACACCUGUCAGUGCGUGUGCAAGACCCCGCCCUCGUCCUGCCCCGCCCACCACACCUUCAACAGGGACACGUGCGGCUGCGUGUGCACACGCUCCUGCCCCCGCCACCAGCCCCUGGACAGGGCCCGCUGUGCCUGCGAGUGCAACGAGUCACCAAACAGGUGCUUCCUGAAGGGACGCCGGUUUCACCAGCCUACGUGCAGUUGUUUCAGACCUCCGUGUGAUGUGAGGAAGAGGAGGUGCGAGCAGGGCUUCUACUUCAGUGAGGAGGUGUGUCGCUGUAUACCCACAUACUGGAGAAGACUGGACUAGCCCUGGGAGCCCAAGCCAGCCAGCCACUCCAGCCACCACCACAACACACCAUGGAGGAUGAGAGAGGGGGGAGGAUGAGCUGGGGCGAUCAGUGUCUCCAGAAGCAGUUGUGAAGAUGGCCAGAUACAGGCAGAAUGGAAGGGUGUGGAGAGACUGAGUGGUUUAGUCUCUGGGUUUUGGGGGACGAUAUUCUGACGUUUUGGAGAAUUAAGACCCCAACUGUCACACCCUGAUCCUCCUACAGACUUUGAAGCUAGAGACUGUGGUUUUAAAUAUGUGUGUCAUUUUGUAUUAUGGUUUUUAUUUGUUGUGAUAGAUAUUGAUUAUAUAAUUUAUUGCCACCAAAUGUUGUUUUUUCAACUUUAUUCUUCUUCAUUGCAAUAUCAGUCUUUUCCAAGAAAAUACACUGUGAUCAUUAUUUUUGUAUCUAGUGCUGUCCCUUGAAAUGAAACAUAAUUUGUAUUAUAUAAUGUUAACUUAUUUCUAACCUGGUAUAUAAUGUUGAAUUAUAGUGAUAAAGCUUUGCUGAAGUUCAACCAGGAAGACAUCACAUGAUCACCGUCCAGGAAGACCAAGCAGAACACACACCAUCACAUGAUCACCAACCAGGAAGUCUUCUUGGCGUUCACCCAAUCACUUCAUUAACAUCAACCAAUGAGCUUGAACACCUGUCAGGUUAAUAUGGCGGCUCACCUGUGUUAGUUUCCUGUUACUGCCCCCCGCCCACAGACCCCUGACCCCUGACCCCUGAUGGGGGGGGGGUACGGGUCUUCAUCCCAUAUCUGGACUAGCUAUGCAAAAUAUUUCUAUAUCAUAUUUUUAUACAAUAAAGCAUUUGAACGUUGACUGUGUGUCUCCUGGUUGAAAGUGGUUGGCUGUAAAUACGUAUUGUGCACAAUC